CGGCGUUCCGAAUUCGAAUCAUGAAGGAAACUCUCCUUUCUCAUCUCUCUACAUUCAUCUCCUCUGCGGCUGCCCCCCUUAUAUGUCGCCAGAAAAUAACUUGAUUCCGAAUCCUUUGUGUGAUACCUACGAAAUCGAUGGCGUAGUCAAACGGCGACGCCUAAAAGACACGCUGGACGAGCUGGACGGGAACUUGCCAGACGCGUGGCACGUUAUCACUUACGAUAUGCGCCGGGCGAUGCAGAGACACCUGGACCCGAAGAAGUGCAUGAACCUACAGGACAAGACCGCGGUCGAUCUAUGUACGAAGGAGAUCUGCGAUCAGUAUCCGUAUUUCCGACGGUUCGAAGAUGCAUGGCCCGUCCUACGUUACAUGGAACAGUACAUGCACGCGACUCUGAAGGAUAGGCUACCCGAUGGCUCUCCGCGAGGCUGGAAAAAAAUGAGGAUGCUUCGUGCCCAUUGGCAUAGGCAAGCUCAAGGGCGGGCUCGAGCAUCGCUCUCGAAAUCGGCAGUGCGCGUGUUGAAGCAGCCAACUGUAUUUGAGCCUCAGGUAAAGGCUGACCUUAUCGACGCGAAUGAGGAUGCAGACGGCGAGGCCGGCAAUGGCACUCCGAGGCGAAGCAGCCGGAUUGCCCGUGCCAAAAGCGAUGAAUGCAAGCAGAGUCCCAUCGCGAGACUCGAGGUCGACAACGAUGUCGAGAUGCACUCCAUCCGCGGACCGUCUACGAUCAGUCGCGAUCGAGCUCAAGUCCGCCCGUUCGUGGGGAAGCUUCGAAAACCCUCCUUGGGAUGCAGGCCCGGGGACCCACAACCGUCACUCUCCGAUGCCAACCCGGUGGAGGCCUUCCUGCGAAACUUGGACGUACCAAUGGAUCAUCUCUUCGCCGUCUUUCACAGCCUAGGUAUUCGCCAACAGGCCGAGCUCGACGGACUCGUGAGCUGGGACGUGGACGAGCGCAACUCUUGGCUAGACGAACAACUGCAUCCGCGCCUGGAACGGGGCGAGAUUACGCCCUUCGAGGUGCAGGUUGUGAAGAGGGCAUUGACGGCUCGCCGGGUAUACCUUGCCGCGUCCGCCAAGGAAAACAGGGCUUAGAGAGCAUUGUCCAUACCACUUUCUCGUGAAUCACAUACCGGAUGUAUGCAUGUUGCCUUGUCUAAGACGUGUAAUCUGCUCAUUCUGCCUGAAAUCA